GAGACAGCGUGGUGGUUUUCGUCGUCGUCGUCGUCGUCGGCUUCAUAUAUCCCCUGGGAUUCCGCUUCGGUUUCCACGCGCCAAAGCAAACGGGCAAAGGGAAUUGAAGUAGCAGCAGCAGUGAAUUGAAGUAAGAAGACAACGGGAUGUGCUGCUGCGGUGGCGACUGCCGGCCGAUCGGGUGGCUGCUCGGCCUCCCCUUCGCGCUCCUCGCCGUCGUCGUCUCCUUCAUUGGCGCCAUCAUCUGGAUCGUCGGGCUGCCGAUCUCGUGCAUCUGCCCGUGCUGCCUGUGCGUGACCGUGCUGCUGGAGGUGGCGGUGGAGCUCGUCAAGGCGCCGCUCCAUGUCAUGACCUGGUUCACCUCCAAGAUACCCUGCUGAUCUGAUCUCAGAUCAUCAUCAGAUCUUGCUGCUGCUACAUAUAUACACUACUAUCUCCGUUUGGUUGAUUUAGUGUCGUGACAGAAUUCCAGUUGGUAGGAAAAUGUUUUUGUGCAUGAUUCCUUAUGGAUAGAUCGAUUAUCUCUACUCGUUGGUUGGUUCUGAAUUUGUGGAGAGAUUGUCAGCGAUUAAUUGCAUGCCCAUGCCCAUAGACAUUGAAGAGUUGUUGCUUCGUCUGUUUCGGUGUCUGUUUCGCUGUGUGUGUGACAUGAUGAUUUCUGGAUUAGUGCUUGUGGAAUGCCGAGAUGUUGAUGUUGAUUGGGACAACUUAAUUGGAUCAUCCUGGUUGGCAGUUGCCUACAA